AUCGUGACACUGCCGCGAAAAGGCCAACGCAAACCCACAGGUGAGCAUUCAUCGUUUCCGUAAUGAAAUACACAGGUAGAUGAAGAUCGAAUGGCAGAUGCAGAUGGGCCCGACGCUGGUCACUCGAGGUUGGGUCCUUGAUUAAGGGGUUGUUCCGCAACAGCUUUCCAGGGCCAGAGACAUGGGAAUAUGUGAUGGGACUGGUGGGAUGUCGCAGAGCCCGAGCGGAAACUUGAAUCUCAUAGUGUUUGUAUUUCCAUCAUUUCAUUUGUGGUUUGAAGCACUUGAAUGGACUCGAAACGGAGCUGAAAAUAACACGCCAAUCGCAAGCUGAGAGUGGCGGAGCUGAGCAUCGUGUACAAAGCACAUUCAGGUCUGCAACAGACAACCCGUCGGCGUUGCAAUAUGUGUUGAGAGUGAGGGCUCAGACUUCCCAUCGGCCAGCUUUCGCAAGUAGUGAAUGCUGAAAACAGAAUCUGAUAAAAGUUUUCGGAGAUAAGAAGCAAGAAGCGAGGCAAAAUAUUGAACCUUAGAAAUGAGGCAUUAGAAAAGGCAGAAACAUUCCCCAUGCUAAAACAGCCGACCCAAUGACAGGACUAGUGAACUUGGUACGAAGCUCCAUUGGCGCGUCUUUCAAGCUUCAUUGCAUUUAUCGAGAACGAGAACCUGUCAUCACGACAAGCCACCCACUUGGGUGAAUCUUUUCACAACAUAGAAAAUGGGCAGGAGACCUGGAAGAGCCGCCGCAAAAAAUGCGGCUGCCGCGCUCAGUAAGUAGACACGGCGGAAAUCCUCCGGCGCAUGCAACGACAGCUAAUCGCGAUGGCCUCAGAAAACACCCCUCAGUACGAUGAUGUGGAAGAUGAGCAGAUGCUCGAUGCGCCCACGCCGAAUGCAAGCAGUCCGCGAGAUGAAGUAGAGGAGGAGAAUGUAGACGAUGAAGAGGAAGGCACGCCGGCGGCUGAUUCUGAUGCUGCCUCGGCGCCCGCGACCCCAGAGCCAAUUCCAGAGCCAGUUGUGCGCAAGCGACGUCUAGGACGACCACCAAAAAACAAGCCUCCUGAUUGGGAUUUGCCUGAUCGUGAUGCUUCCGAGGCGGGUACCCCAGGGAAGCGAGGCCGAGGUAGAGGAGGCGGCUUUGGACGCGGAGGGGGACGUUGGGCGCGAAAAGGAGGACCAUCCCACGUCACACAACAACCAAUCGACAAGGAAGGCAACAUGAUGGAUGUCAUCAACGACGAGGUUGAUAUGCCAGAGGACCCUGAAGGCGAGAAGAAGGUUGAUAAGAUGGGCCACUUGCAAGAUGGACGGGAGUAUCGUUGCAGAACCUUUACGGUACUAGGCAGAGGCAGUCGACUUUAUAUGUUGUCCACCGAACCAGCAAGAUGCGUUGGCUUCCGAGACAGUUAUCUCUUCUUCACCAAGCAUAAACGCCUCUUCAAGAUCAUCAUUGAUGAUGACGAGAAACGUGACUUGAUCGACCGAGAACUUAUACCACAUUCUUACAAAGGUCGCGCGAUUGGUAUCGUCACUGCUAGGUCGGUCUUCCGCGAAUUUGGAGCGCAAAUCAUCGUAGGUGGAAAGAGAAUUAUCGACGAUUACGAGGUCGCCAAGGCCAAAGCUGAUGGCAUCACCGAGGGCGAACUGGCUGAUCCAAAUGACAUUUUCAAAGAGGGGGAGCCAUACAACAAAAACCAGUAUGUCGCGUGGCACGGAGCAAGUUCUGUAUAUCACUCAGGUGCUCCCACCGUUCCAAUGCAAACAGGCAAAGUUGCGGAUGGUAAGAAAGGCCGUGUCAAGGUUGAUGAUGUCAAUUGGCAGCUAGAGCAUUGUAGAGCAGCAAGGUAUGUAGCCAGAUUAUUCUCUCGAAAGGUCAAAAUGCUAACUCUUUACCAGCGGCUUCAACUCCAGGCUUACGGAGAUGCGCAAGAAAAAUAUUCAUGGCGUGUACGAUGUCCACACUAAUACCAUGCAGUAUCCAGCUUCCAUGCAACCAACUCACGCUAGAUGGGAGCAUAUUGAUGAUGAAGCCGUUGCAGCUGAGAUUCUUGUGAAUGGAAAGGGCACUGGAGCAGCCAAGACCAUCCUUCCGCCUGUCAAUCCAGUCAUAUCACGAAAUCACAUUAUCAUCGACACUGUCUUUGAAACUCCUCCGUCAUUUCACCUUGGUGUACCAGGUCCAGAUGGCCACGGCGUUGAUCUCUCAUUCAAUGGUCUUGAAGGUGUCUCUGACGAGUUGAAAGAUUUACUCCCACCAGAAUGUCGUGAAGCGUUUGAAGCUGCACUCACGAAGGAGAAAGAAUGGAAGUCGAGAUGGGCAACAGAAGCUGAAGAUGGACACAGAAAGGCGCCCAAAAUUGAUAAAGGUCCAAUGAUUCUGUAAUCAUUUGGAAAUAACCUCACGGUGGUUUUUCGGGCGGACGAUUUUGUAGGAUUAAUAUGGCGUUGGUUGCGGGUCGGCGUUCUAGCGCGACGGGAAUUUAUUCGCCCCAUGGUUAGGCUGUGAUAGAUAAUUAUCAAGUGAGGAUCUUCAUGGGGUAGCUAUCCCAUAGAUAGUAUGAAAUGGCGUCAAGACAAAUUUUGGUUUUCUUCAUGAUCUUUUUUUUUUUCGACUUU